AUGCCCCGGCUGCGAAAAUUCCCGUUUGAUAUCGGCUCAAUAUCCUUCGUCGGCCGUAUCCACCCACGCCGUGGUCGUGAUUAUAGAACUGGCAAAGGAUUCGACGGCGGACUUGACGGGUACAAUUGGAGAAUUCGCAUUCCAAACCAUGGCACGACCUAUGUCUUGAAGCUAUUUUGGGACACGGAGCCCUGGUAUCCGCAUUAUUUUGCCCCGCAAAGAGAAUGUCAAAAUGCUGCUCUGCUUCAAUCUAUGGAAGCGGCAGUAUCGGACGCAGCCCGGGCUGACAAUCCGAACGGGCCGAUUCUGGUCAUCCCAGACCCCCAGUGUAGGCAGGAGGCGCAAGCGAACUUGCUUGCCUUUUCCAACGAGGCUCGCCAGAAGAACAUCGGCGUACAGUCGCAUGAUUUGCUAUCCAUUACGAGUAUCCCUCGUAUGAGAAAGUGUUAUGGCUGGCUGCAAUUUACAGGAGAGGAGUUGCGUCGUCGUUUGCCCCGAAAGUUGGCACCACCACCUAUCGAAGUGGACAAGGUUGUUCGAUCCAUUCAUGACGAAAAGCUCUACACAGCGGUUGUUUAUGAGUUCAUCGAGGAAGCCGAGAAUGAUGUUGACGUGGUCAAGACAGUGUUGGAGUUCUUGUGGCGUGCUGGUUUCAGCCAUCACUCGCCAAAAGCAGACAAUUGGAAAGGGAGCGUUAGGUAG